UGCCAGCGGCAGAGCAGAGUGUUGUCUCCUCUCAGUCUCGACGAGAACCUCUUUCUCCAUUGUUCGUCUUUCUUCUACUUUGAUUAUACGUUCCACUGGGUUAUCAGCUUUUCCAAAAUGGCAAGUUUCUUUGUGCUAGCCUUGUCUUUUGUCAUUGUAUCGACUGUGCUGUGGCGAGAAGCCUUGGGCCAACUUUCGGCACGUCAGAAGGAUACCCUUUUACGCCGCCACAAUGACCUUCGGCGACAGGUCUCACCCAGAGCAGCCAACAUGCUGGAAAUGCGCUGGGACGACAGGCUAGCUCGUGUGGCGCAGUCCUACUCGCAGCGCUGCAUCUGGGCACACAACUCGCAGCGCACCGGCCAGUUCCAGGGUGUCGGGGGAACCAGGACCUGGCAGAUCGGAGAGAACUUGGCUGUGAAUACGAUCAGCAAUGUAGACUCCAUGAUUGAGAAUGCCAUGAAAGGCUUUUUCGACGAGCGAGCGGACUACAACUUCAACAGCCGACAGUGCAAGUCCGGCAAAAUAUGUGGCCACUACACACAGAUGGUCUGGGCUACAUCGGAGGCAGUCGGCUGUGGCGUGUACAGGUGUUCUCGAGUGAGUGGCUGGUUGAACAGAGCUGCACUGUACCUCACUUGCAAUUACGGACCAUCUGGCAACUUCGUUGGACAGCAACCUUACACUGCUGGUCGCCAAUGCACUAAAUGCCCUUCGUCCGCACCGCGUUGCAACAACGGAUUGUGCUCCAGAAGAGCCGCGACCCGGCCAGAAACACAGCCACGGAAACCAGAAACACAGCCACGGACAACCACCGGAGACCCAAUGCUCCGUGCCAUGAAUGCACUCACAAGCCGAGUGAGAGCUAUCGAGAAUCGCCUUAGGAGAGCAUCAGCUCAUCUGGAAGGUGGCGCACAGAAGGUCACCGACAUAACGCACCCUGGAGCGGCUGACAUCUGGAAUCCCAGCCACGCACAAAGCCACAUGGAGGGCGGUUUCCGCUACACGCGCGGCCAGCUGAUCGUGCCGAUCACCGGCAACUACUACGUGUAUUCGCAGGUGUGGAACUCGGAGGAGAGCGGCAAUCGAGUGCGUCACUUUGUGUACAUUGACGAUCGGCGCGCUGCGGUCGGCGGUGCUAGCGUCGGCACGUCCCAGUCCACGGCCACGUCCGGUGUCUACCGUCUCAAGGCCGGCCAGAAGCUGAGCGUACGCAUACUUAAGUCCGGCCAGACAGAACGACACAUCUGGACUGGCCAUCACCACACCUGGUUCGGCGCGUUCCUCAUUUGAAGCGAUAACAAGCCUCGCAACGACACCAACGUGCCCUCCGCGUGUAUCCCGUCAUGCCUGGUUCUUAGUGUUGCACAAAGCGGGAUAUAGUCCCUUUGCACUUUCAAGGUCCGAACUCAACAAUGAUGGCCUCACCACGUUCGAGCAAGAUUUCACCAACCCUGAUAAACAUCACAGUUUUAUCAUGAAUUUUAUAUUCGUUCAUAUCAAGAAUACAAGAGUACAAGUUAUUAUUGUCGCCCUUUGACGUCAAACUCGGAGUAACAUCAAAUAACUCAUUCCAUCCUGUCUGCAAUGUGUACUCAGUUCUAUCUCAUUAUCUUUGAAAUCUUUCAUACUCGCGCUAAGCACGCUAUUCAUCUCCUAUCCACAAAUAUUCAAUAUCGAAGCACUGCAAAAGAUGCUGCUUUACUAUCCUAGCUGAAAAAGCGGAAUGAUUUAUUAUAUCAUGGCACGGACGUCUUUCCAUUUUUAUUGAAUGCCUGGGAGCUGCCACUAUUGAUAGCACUCAAAGUUUUAUACGCGUGGCAUAUGACCACAUCUUGUUUUAUUAUUUUGUUUUUUUAGGAGUAUUUUCUAUAAUUUAUACCACCCAUGGCCUGAAGCAAAUGUAUAUGUACAUACUGAUCACUAGAGAGUUUCUGCUACAUCUGAUGCGCAAUACAUGUACAUGUAUAUAUUAUUGAGAAGCACACAAUCAAUAUCA